CAGGAUCAGGAAGGAUCUACUCGACAAGUCCUCUUGGAAAUGGAAGAAAGCGGCAAUUUUUCAGCGACUUGCAAAAAAUCUUACUAUAUUGUGUUUGCUUGGCGACCAUUUAUUUUAUCACUGGAUUUUUUAAAUACGGAGGUAAGUGGAUGUUCGUGUAUAUCAAAAUGGCCGUACUAUUUUCCACGUCCACUGAUGGCGUUUUCUCUUAUUCUGUCGAUUUGUAUGGGCAUUGCACUUGCUGCGUUGUGUGGAUGGCAUUACUAUCUGAUUUGCACCGCGCAGACAACAGUCGAAUUCUACAACAACUACUACGACAGAAACAUUUGUAAAUCUCAAGGAGAGAUAUUCAUCAACAUGUAUGAUUUUGGCGUGAAAGAAAAUGUUCGUCGAUUUUUCAACAUUGGUGAGCAGUACCCCUGGUACACUGUCCUUUUUCCGGUGCCAAUCCCACCUCGGGGUACCGGUCGAGUCUUCGAGAAAUGUGAAGCAUUUUACUCGUUACCGGCAUCAAGGCAGCAUGAUCAAUUGCGCUCUCAGCAAGAGAUUCAGGACCUAGAAGAUAUAAAAGAUAUCUAA